AUGAACCAACGCUACACCGAGGGCAUUACUAUGGCUCAGGUCAGAAUUGAGCUUCAGGACUUCUUGGAGCAAGAAGACCACACGACCAAGGCAUUCCCGCCCAUGCAAAAGAAUGAUCGCAAGGUUCUUCACGAGAUUGCCAAUCACUUCAACCUCAAGUCAAAGUCUGUUGGAAGCGGCAAGAACAGAGCGCCUGUUCUUAUCAAGACAUCGAGGACUGUCGAGUGGAGCGAACAACACUUCCACCGCGUCUCGAGCUUUGUCAGCAGAGGAUACCUCAAGAACUCAUCCAAGAAGCCCAAGAGUACCAUGGCUGGCGAGAUCAGAAGAACCAGACAAAUGGGAGGUGGCGGUGGCGGCGCCGCAGCAUACCGCAACGGUGAUGUUGUCGGCCACAACGCAUCCGAGAUCCCAGCAAGCAACUUUGGCAGAAAGCUCAUGGAGAAGAUGGGCUGGGCGGCUGGUAUGUCGCUUGGAAAGGAAGGCUCUGGUGGUCUCCUUGUUCCUGUGCAGGCCACUGUCAAGUCAGGCAAGGCUGGUCUGGGCUAG